CAUAAAUCAAAUGUCAAUGUCAAAUUAUUAAAAAAAGGAAAUAUUUCGCGGCGAAUUGUUCGUUAAAUAUAUUGCGAAUCUCUGAAUCUCGCGCAAAAUCAUCAUUUUUAGUGUUAAAAUAAUCAUGUGAUUUGUUUUCGUAUGGUAAAGCUGUUUGGUGUAAAUUCAACAUGUCGAGGGAUAUAAGGUCAUUUUUUUCACUGAAGAAGCCUGCAAAGCCUGCUGUUGUAGUUGAGGAUGAUGACGACGUUAUUCCAGAAUCUCCAGAUGUUCAAAUUAUUAAAAAUAAAAAAAAAGAUUCCAAAAAGAAGCGAGUUUUAAAUGAUGAUUCAGAUGAAGAAAUCUUUACAACCAAGAAGAAGAAAAGCACAGAUGAAUCGCAAACAUCCAGUAAGAAUAAAAACAAAUCUCCCAAGCCAGCACUCAAGGAGGUCAAAGCUGUUGACAUUUUUGGUAGUGCUCCAGUCAAGAGAACAGAACCAUUAGUUAAGAAAAAGAAAAAAACUGAACUAGGAAUCCAUUCUGAUGAUGAAUUUGAAAAAAGUCUCUUAGAGAUUGACAAUGCAGAAUUAGAGGGUAAAUUAAAUGAUGCAAAGGCUGAUGAUAAAUCUGAGAAAUCUACUAAAACAUCAAAUGCCUCAAAAGAUUCAAAGAAUUCUACUGAAAAAUCUGAUGACAAAAAACAUAAGUCGGGUUCAAAUACAGAAUCGAAUAAAGACUUGGAAAAAACAGAUGAAAGUAAACCAUCAAAGAAAACUGAAGACACCAAAUCAUUAAAGAAAUCAGAAAGGACAGAAUCAAAGCAAAAUAAUGAUAAAGAUACAAAGGUAAAGAAAGCUGACAAAGAACACAAAUCACCAAAAAUAGAUAAGUUUAUUCAAUCUAACCUUAAUCAGUCAUCAAUUGAUUCUAAUGAAGGUGAAAAUAAAAAAUCUAAAAUUGAUAAAAGUAAAAGGAAAUUUGCUGAGUUCCUAGAGCCUGAUUCUAAUCAAGAUCACAGCAGUAAGAAGAAGAAAUUAAAUGAGUCUAUGGAGCCCAAGUUAGACGAGACCAAAGAGUAUGAUUGUGACUCUUCAGUAUUGGAUGAUGAGAAGGGGAGCCAUAAAAAAAAGAAAAUGAAUAAAAGUUUGAAUGAGUCUGUGCUAACAGAUGAGGAGCGACAUGAAAGGAGAAUACAUUCAGCAGCUUUAUACAAAAACUAUCUGAACAGAUCUGGACCUAAACACUUGGGAGCCAAGGAGAUCCCCGAGGGUAAACCAGAUUGCUUGAAGGAUUGCGCCUUUUUAUUGACUGGAGUUCUUGACUCGUUUGAAAAGGAUGAAAUAGCUGCUGCAAUUACUAAGUACGGAGGCUGUGUCAAAAGUGGGGUAUCUAAGAAGGUAACUCAUGUGCUAGCCGGCGAAGACGCGGGCCCAGCAAAAAUGGCGAAAGCACAAGAACUAGGAAUUAAGAUCAUUAACGAGGACGAAUUCCUAGCUAUGAUCACAGAACGGUCACAAGGCAAGCCUACCUCAAAACCAGAUAUUAAAAAAGAAAUCAAGAAAGAAAAAACUCCCAGCAAAAAAGAUAAGUCUGACAAAGAUAGAAAAGAUAAUCAUGUUGACAGCAAAUCUAAGAAGAGUCCGACAGACAAAGUUAAAAUAGAAACAAAAUCAAAGGAUUCAAAUAAACUAGAUGUUAGCAAAUCAAAGAAUCGUGAGAAGUCUAAAAGUCCUAGAAAGAUAAAGGAAGAGAAAAUGGAACUAGAAUCAGAACCUAAAUCAAGUGCUGGUUCAUCUUCUUCUAGUCUUGUUAAUGGUAAUGUUAAAAGGGAAGCAGCUGCAAUACCAGCGAACAUGAGUAUGUGGGUAGAGAAAUACAAGCCACAGAAUAUCAAGCAGAUCAUCGGACAGCAUGGUGAUGCUAGCAAUGUUAAAAAACUAAUGAACUGGUUGACAAAGUGGUACGUGAACAGAAAGGCUAAGUUGCCCAAACCCAGUCCGUGGGCUAAGAAUGAUGAUGGAGGCUAUUUCAAGGCUGCCCUACUUUCUGGACCUCCGGGCGUUGGUAAGACGACAACAGUAUCCCUGGUAUGCAAGGAGCUGGGUUUCGACAUGGUGGAGUUCAACGCCUCCGACACGAGGAACAAGACGCUCAUCAAGGAACAGAUAGGGGAACUGCUCACUUCUACCUCGUUGUCUGCUUAUGCUAAAGGUGAUACAGGAAAGCAAGCGGUCACAAAGAAACACGUGCUGGUCAUGGACGAAGUCGACGGCAUGGCGGGCAAUGAAGACAGAGGUGGUCUCCAAGAACUAAUCGCUCUGAUAAAAUCGUCAUCAGUACCAAUAAUAUGUAUGUGCAACGACAGGAACAGCCAGAAAAUGAGGUCCCUAGUCAACUACUGUUACGAUCUCAGGUUUAACAAACCAAGGGUCGACCAGAUAAAGUCAGCAAUGCUCUCAAUAUGCUUCAAAGAAGGCAUUAAGAUACCUCCAGACGUGUUAACCCAGCUGAUCGUAUCAGCCAAUCAGGAUGUCAGACAGACACUCAACUUGCUGUCCAUGUGGGCGGUGGACCCCAACCGUGAUGACGUCGACCGGCUCAGGAAAGACGCUCAAACUGUCAGGAAGGAUAUUAAACUGGGUCCAUGGGAGGCGAUCCGCAAGGUGUUCUCAGCGGAAGACCACAAGAAGAUGAGCAUUAACGACAAGAGCGACCUAUUCUUCUACGACUAUAGCUUAGCUCCACUAUUUGUGCAGGAGAAUUACUUGCAAGUUGAGCCGCAUUGUCCUAAGCAUGAAGUUCUCCAAAGGAUAAGCAAGGCAGCAGACAGCAUAAGCUUGGGCGAUCUGGUAGACGCUAGGAUACGCAGCAAACAAGCCUGGAGUCUAUUGCCUACGCAGGCGAUGUUCAGCUCAGUGAUCCCAGGACACGAGAUGUCAGGUCACCUGGCGGCACAGAUCCAGUUCCCGGGCUGGCUCGGCAAGAACUCACGCGCCACCAAGCUGCGCCGCCUCUGUCAGGAGAUACACGCGCAUACACGACUCAGCACAUCAGGUUCAAAGUCGUCGAUCUUCCUAGACUACAGCACCCAUCUCCGCGACGCUAUAGUGAACCCGUUGAUCAAAGACAAGGCUGACGGCAUCAGCCGGUCUCUAGAAGUGCUGGAGUCUUAUCAUCUGCUGAGGGAAGACCUGGACUCCUUGGUCGAACUGUCUGUGUGGCCAGGACAGAGGAAUCCUACCAUUUUGGUGGAUCCUAAGGUGAAAGCGGCAAUGACGCGUACUUACAACAAAAAGGCGACAGCAUUACCGUACGCGCCAGGCGCCGUCAAGAAGGGCAAGGCUAAGGCGGAUGAUGAGGAUAUGGGGGAUGAGGAACAGGAGGAGGAGGAUGAAGAGGACAGUGACCCUGAGAAUGAUGCUCUUAUUAAGAAGAAGAAAAGCAAAGACACUGAAAAGCCGACCACAAGCAAGGCUUCGUCCAAGGCUCCAACAAGUAAGAAGAAAAAAGAGAAAUAGCAUCGGCGUUCCGUGAUGGCCUUCUUGUUCAGAUAGUGACUUGAGACCAUCGGACCUCUGUAGUGAGUAGUAUGUUGUUUUGAGUGAAGUGAACGAUAGGUAUGUGGUUAAUGCAGUAUGUGACAGUAUUGGAAAAUAUACAGAACAAAGUUGUAGCUCUCAUAACCAAGUUUGAGAAGGAGGAGGUUCUCAAUUUGUCGAAUUUUUUUUUUUUUUUUUUUCUUUUAAAUGUUGUGAAACUGGCUAUCCAUAGACACACUGUCUGUUAAAUAAAAAAGUAAAAUUUUGAAUUCCAUGCUGGUUUCACAUUUAGGAGGAGAGAUUCAUAAAGAACUUUUCAGUACUUUAUAUGGGUACAUAUGCACAGCUGGGGCGAAAACAUGUACAAUUAUUUCUCAAGAAUCAACUGUUUUGUGGCCAUUUACCAUACUGUCAUCUACUGCACUAAUCAAAACGUGAUAUGAACACACAUUGUAAGAAGUAAAUACAGUGAAUAGCAAGAAAUAUCAAUGUGGAUUGCUAAAGUUGAGUAUUGGUACUAACUGAACUGCUUCUAGUGAGACUGGAAGCGGACUACACGAGUGAUACAAGAUAAAGUGAUACUAGUUUUGAUAGUACAAGUAAACUAAACACUGAGUUAUAUGUGCAGCAUAAAGUAAAUAACCACUAGAGAGCGCACUCGCCAAUUUCUUCUAAGAACACGACUCACCGCUGCGGGCAGGGGGGGGCGACAUAAUCCGCGGCUACUAUUGGUCAGUUCAAGGUCGCUACUAAAGGAUCGUACUGAUCGUAGCCUUAUAGUACGCGCAAAAUCACUAACUUUUGGCGAGCGUCGGGGCACUGUAUGCGCAGUCAAGUGGUUUUAUAGUCUUUGAUGUGCAGUGUUAUUAUACAAUAAAAUUAAAAUAACACCAUGUAUCUUUAAGGUAGUUUUAACAACAAGACAUAAAGUUUAAAAUUUGUUUUUCUUUUUUUAUUCUUAAAGGUUUUGUAUGUCUUGUGGUUAAAAUUAUGUUUUAUCUCCAUAUUAUCAUUAGUAUACGGGCUUGCCUUGUCAAUCAUAGACUAGAAAUAAACAAAACAUUGUUAACUUUAAUGCAAAAUCAGGUUGCUAUAAUAUUAAUUGUUCCUUAAUCGUAAAUAGGCCACCUUUAGUUAUAAAAACUUGUAACAUACCUAUUUAAUGGUCUGUUUUCUUGAGUAUCAUAAAACUAAGAAUUGCUAUUAUCUACGACUGUAUCAUUAUCACUUAAAAUAAUGUUAAAAUAAGAAUUAUGUUUAAUACUUUUAUGUAACUUGCCCAUGUUGUUAAAUGUUCCACAACUUGUGCCAAGCACAUGAAUCUAAAUACACUACUCAUAUUAUAUACUAUCUUUUAGAUGGGUAGUGUCAUCAUAUCAACUGAAAUCAUUUCAUUAAUCUGAAUAUAUGCUACGUCUUGAUCUGUAUGGCCUUCUAAAUAAAUGAAAAUCUAAAAUACACAAAUGCUUUUUACAGCACAAAACUUCCAUACCAAUGAAACAAUCGAAUUAUUUAUUCUGCCAGUUAAAAAUCUCCAUUUGAAUCUAGUGUGAGUAUUAUUAUAGUCUUAAGUUCAUCACAAUUUCCUAGUGUUCAACAAACAACAUAUUAGUUUUUCUUUUGUAACUUUAUUGUAAACAUACGUUUUGAAUGCUGCCAACCGCAUGUGCAGUCGCUGUCUAAUAUUGAUAGAGUUCCUGCGUUUGCAGCAUUCUAAACACACCUUAACAAAGAUUCUACUACUACUUCAUUAUAAACUAUAAUAACCAUGUAACAUGUUUAAUAAGUUUAAUUUAAAUGUGUUUUUGAGUGUGUGUAAGGGGCCUCUAUUGUUUUCAACUCAAUUACAUUUGAUAGCUACUAUGAACAAACUGUAAGAACAAAAGGAACCAUCAAUAUCAACAAGUAAAGCCUAAAUUUUACCAAAGCAGAGAAGUUUGUGAACAACCAAUAGAGUUUCUUCUAUCUUUUGGUCUGAUGUUUUCAAGUCUCAUAUUUGAACAAUAUUGUUUUGGUGUAUGCUUGUAAUGUUUAUUAAAGUUAAUUAACUAUUUUUAAAUAGUGUUU